AAUGAUGUGACGGAAAUAACUCGUGAGGCGACAUUUUGUGCACUAGCUCUUGCAUCUUGUCGUUUCCUGGAACAGUCAAUCCCAGGAGUCUAUCAAGCCGAGACAACUGCGAUGUAUGUGCCGAAUUGUUAAUACUGGAUGGGGUCCAAAGUAGAUGCGAAGGUUGUUCUUCUGGGGAAGGAAUACAGUGGUAAAACAAGCUUAGUGGAAAGAUAUUUACAUCACAGGUUCAACGACAGUGUUCCCUACCAGAAUACAAUAGGAGCAGCAUUUGGUGCCAAGAAAGUCACUGUGGGCAACAAAUGUGUCACUUUAGGGAUAUGGGAUACAGCUGGUUCUGAGAGGUAUGAGGCCAUGAGUAGAAUCUACUACCGUGGAGCCAAAGCAGCAGUUUUGUGCUAUGAUCUCACAGACAAGUCCAGUUUUGAGAGAGCGAAAUAUUGGGUAAAUGAGCUGAAGACUUAUGAAGAAAGCUGUAAAAUAUACUUAUGUGGCACCAAAUACGACAUGGUUCAAAGUGAUAAAAAAUUACGUCAAGUUGAUUAUCAUGCUACAACAGAUUAUGCAGAUGAAAUAGAUGCCAAGGUAUUUGAAACUUCAAGUAAAACUGGUCACAAUGUUGAGGAGUUAUUCUUUCAACUGGCCCAGGACUUCUCAAAAGAAGAAGAGCUACCAGUUGGUAAGUGUAGAUUGUCUUUGAGACAAAACAUGUCUCAAGAUUUGAAUAAAAAGUACUUUUAAUUGGAAUGCGUGACCAGAUUGUAUACAUAUUUUGUACCAGUCUGAAACUUUUGGGUUUGCAAUCCCAUCUAUAACCUUUAUAAGUAUUUCUCAAAUUAAGUAAUAAUUCAUCAAGUUUAAACAAAGGAAAUCAUGACUGUGACAGUGU